UGUCAGUAUGAUAAAACGAUACUGAUGACUGAUGAAAAAUUCGGAUAUCGAGUCGUCAGUAUUUGGUUACUGAUGAUUAUAUUGAUAGUGUGAGGUCGAUAUUGACAUUUCGUCAGUAUUGACAUCGCAGCAAUGGAUGACACACGUGAUGAAUUUCCAAACGCGCGCGAAUGCCGUGAACAACAAUUACGUGAUUUUGUUUCCAAGUAUAAAGAUUUAAAAUGUUUAUGGGAUAUUCGUUGCAAAGACUAUAGUAAUAGAGACAAAAAAAAAGAUGCUUAUAGUGAAUUAUUAGUUGUUUAUAAGUUAAUUAAGCCUGAUGCUUCUAUAGAUGAUGUAAAAAAGAAAAUUAAUACUUUACGAAGUAAUUUCCGUAAAGAAUUAAAAAAAAUUCAUGAAUCUAAAAGAAGUGGCGCUGGAGCUGACGACAUUUAUCAACCUUCGAGUUGGUUAUUUGAAGAACUGGCGUUUUUGGCCGAUUUGGAAAAACCAGUAGAUAGUACUUCAUCGAUAAACGAUGACACAAAUAAUGACAAG